AACAACUAACAUGGCGUAUUUUCCUAUUCGUCAUUCUUUCCUAGUCGUUUGAUAAUUAUUGCGUGGCUGUUAUGGGAGGAUUGUUUUAUCGUUCUGUUAUUAAUCUUUUUGACACGUUUUCCAAAUUUUAACUAAAAUUACUAUACACCACCAUGAGCGUCGACGCGUAUGGACCGAGCUCCCAAACGCUCACAUUCCUGGAUACUGAAGAAGCUGAUCUUAUAGGAGCUGAUACUCAAGGAUCGGAGUUCGAGUUUACUGAUUUCACGCUCCCUUCGCAGAGCCAAACUCAGGCUUCGCAGCAUGAUCAUGGUCUAACCACUACCAACCAGGUUAACGGCUUAGGUCGUUUGGAUCUGAGUUCUAAGGUCUCUUCUGUUACUAAUGCGAUAGCAGAGUUGCAAUUUGAGGAAGAGGAUGAAGCGCUGUACAGUAGCAAAGAACUGCCUGACCAUGCUUGCAAGUACUGCGGUAUCCACGACCCUGCCACCGUAGUGAUGUGCAAUAUAUGCAACAAGUGGUUCUGCAAUGGCCGUGGCAACACCUCUGGCUCUCAUAUCAUCAACCACCUAGUGCGUGCUAAGCAUAAAGAGGCAGCUCUCCACCGCGACGGGCCACUGGGGGAGACCCUGCUUGAAUGCUACUCUUGUGGUGCAAGGAACGUGUUUGUUCUGGGCUUUAUUCCUGCCAAGGCCGACUCUGUUGUGGUGUUGCUGUGUCGUCAACCUUGCGCGGCACAGAGUUCCCUCAAGGACAUGAACUGGGACCAGGAGCAAUGGAAGCCAUUGAUUUCGGACCGCGCUUUCCUGUCUUGGCUGGUCAAAGUGCCGUCUGAAGCUGAACAGAUGAGGGCCCGUCAAGUGACCCCGCAGCAGAUCGGACGUCUGGAAGAACUGUGGCGUGACAACGUGGACGCCACCUUCCAAGACCUGGAGAAGCCAGGCGUGGACGAGGAGCCUCACCAGGUGCUGCUCAGAUACGAAGAUGGCUAUCAAUACCAAAACAUCUUCGGCCCACUGGUCAAGCUUGAAGCGGACUAUGACAAGAGGCUAAAAGAGUCUCAAACGCAAGAGGGCAUCGAAGUUCGCUGGGACGUCGGGCUUAACAAGAAAACCAUUGCCUACUUCACCCUGGCGAAGACUGACAGUGAUAUGAAGCUGAUGCAUGGAGAUGAGCUAAGGCUGAGAUACGUGGGCGAGCUGCACAAGCCCUGGGCGGGCGUGGGCCACGUGAUCAAAGUCCCUGAUAACUAUGGGGACGACGUCGGGCUCGAACUGAAAUCCGGAGCCGGCGCGCCAGCAGACUGCACCGCCAGCUUCGUAGUGGACUUCAUAUGGAAGAGCACCAGCUUCGACCGGAUGCAACUGGCCCUCCGCAAGUUCGCCGUAGACGAGUCCUCUGUGUCCGGCUACAUCUACCGCCGUCUGCUCGGCCAUGAAGUCGAUGAGGUGUUGUUCCGCGUGCACUUACCCAAGCACUUCAGCGCGCCGAAUCUGCCCGACCUCAAUCGAUCCCAGGUGUACGCCGUAAAGCACGCUCUUCAGCGCCCCCUAUCGCUCAUCCAAGGCCCGCCCGGCACCGGCAAAACGGUCACUUCAGCCACCAUCGUCUACCAACUCGUCCGGCAGUCCGGCGGCCCCGUGCUAGUGUGUGCACCCUCUAAUACUGCUGUCGAUCAACUGACUGAAAAAAUUCAUCGCACUGGGUUGAAGGUUGUGAGGCUGUGUGCCAAGUCGAGAGAAGCGAUGGAGUCUUCGGUAUCAUUUUUGGCGUUGCAUGAGCAGGCGCGCGCCCUCGGCUCGGCGGACAGCGAGCUCCGCAAGCUGACGCGGCUGAAGGAGGAGGCGGGCGAGCUGUCCGCCGCCGACGAGCGCCGCUACCGCGCGCUGCGCCGCGCCGCCGAGCGCCGGCUGCUCGACGCCGCCGACGUCGUCUGCACCACCUGCGUCGGAGCAGGUGACCCCCGCGUGGCGCGCAUGCGCUUCCAGUCCAUCCUGAUCGACGAGGGCAUGCAAUCCACCGAGCCCGAGUGCAUGGUGCCUGUCGUCCUCGGCGCCAGGCAACUCAUCCUGGUCGGCGACCACUGCCAGCUCGGGCCCGUCGUCAUGUGCAAGAAGGCAGCCAAAGCAGGUCUCUCCCAGUCCCUCUUCGAGCGCCUCGUCGUCCUCGGCAUCCGACCCUUCCGCCUCGAAGUACAGUACCGCAUGCAUCCCGAACUAUCACGAUUCCCUUCCGAUUUCUUCUACGAAGGAUCACUCCAAAACGGAGUCAGCGCGGAGGAGCGGAGGUUACAUAAGAUAGACUUCCCUUGGCCGAGACCCGAUCGUCCCAUGUUCUUCUACGUCACGCAGGGUCAAGAAGAAAUCGCCGGAUCGGGUACCUCUUAUCUAAAUCGUACUGAGGCUGCUAAUGUUGAAAAGCUGACCACUCGCUUUUUAAAAGCCGGCGUGAGGCCUGAACAGAUCGGUAUUAUCACUCCCUAUGAAGGACAGAGAUCGUACUUAGUUCAGCAUAUGCAGUACCAGGGAAGUUUACACGCUAAAUUGUAUCAAGAAAUUGAAGUCGCCAGCGUCGACGCUUUCCAAGGUCGGGAAAAGGAUAUUAUAAUCAUGUCGUGCGUCCGCUCCAAUGAACAUCAAGGUAUAGGUUUCUUGAGCGACCCGAGGCGUCUAAACGUGGCUCUAACGCGCGCGAAGUACGGAUUAAUCGUCGUCGGGAACCCUAAGGUUCUCAGCAAGCAGCCCCUAUGGAAUCAUUUACUGGCUUUCUACAAGGAGCGUCGAGUGCUGACCGAGGGGCCGCUGUCGAAUCUGAAGGAGUCGGCGAUUCAGUUCGCGAAGCCGAAGAAGCUGGUGAACGCGCAGAAUCCCGGUUCGCACUUCAUGUCGACGUCGAUGUUCGACGCGCGCGAAGCGAUGGUGCCGGGGUCUAUUUACGAUAGGGCUCGACCGCUGCGGGACCCGCUGGCGUAUGUCGGCCCCGAGCGCGCCGCGUUGCUGAACGCGCCCGUGCCGCCGGCCGCCUUCAACAUGCGCGGCCCGCACACGCAGCGCCCGCUCCCCGGCCACAUGGCGCGCGGACUGGGCGCGCGACGCCGGCCGCCGCGGCUGUCGCAGGAGCCGCUGUCGCAGCAGGCGGCGCUGUCGCUGUCGCAGGGCGCGUCGCAGCCGGAGUUCAGCCAGGAGUCGCUGGCGCCCGACUGCCCGUCGCAGCCGGACGGGCUGCUGUCGCAGGACUCCACGUACCAGGGCGGGUUCCGGCGCCAGUACUGAGCGGCGCGGCCGCACGGAUGAUGCCGACGACACGCCGCGCGCCCGCUCGAGGCCGCCGGGACGAGGACGCCGGGCGCCGUGCCCGCGCCCGCACCCGCACCCGCGCCGUCCGGACCGCCAGAAUAUUACAAACUGCGACUCGAACUGAGCAGAUCUCUAAAUUCAGCCGUUAAACUAAAUUCUUGUUACGUUUUUUGUAUUCUAAUCGAACCGUUGUUCAUAGACAUCUUUAGCUCUUAGAGGCGUCCCGAGUCUUCAGUGAUUAUGUCAUAUGACUUGAAAAUUUCGACCCUCGCCCCCGUGACCGAAUGGCCGAGUGGUCCAGGCAUCCGUGGCUAUAACGGAGGACGUUUGGAGGCCUUGGUCAUUUUUCUUUUGUAUAUGACAUUUAUUUCAGUUUACAUCUUUAGCUUUUCGGUCGAACCGACCGUAGUUUUUCCGUAUAGAGCGACUCAUUUAACUUCAAUUUCAACCGAUAAGCGACGUCUCUUAUCGAUAUUCGUCUGCCACAUUACCGACACAGUACGUAGUCUACGAUCCGAGUUAUAAAGUCAGUCUGACUAUAAGCGUAGUGACUUCAUUGUUUUUCCUUCUCAAGUUAAAGAGAUCAUAAACAUCACACGAAUUCAAGCCGCGAAAAUUUGCCGUAGACGUUAAAAGCGAAAGGAUUGUACUAAAAACUAUUUUACAGUAAAUAUUUUUAUAUAAAAUACGAAAGUAUGUCUAAAUUGUUAUCUGACGUAACUACAAUGUUGUGUUGCGCGUUUCAACCCUUUGACCGCCAAGAACGCCUAAAGGCGUCUAUGCUGUCGUGCCCACGACGCCAGCGACGCCUAAAUUUGCUAUUGCGGACGCUGUCAAAGUAAUUGUCCAACUGACAGAUAAGGUUUAUUUUCGUUAUUUACUAGUAGGCAUUGGCGUGUAGGCAAAGCGUUCAAAGGGUUAAAUUAUGUUAUGUAACAGAAAAUACUGCCAACUUGUUAUUUGUGAAGGAAAAUCAAUAAAGAUUUACCUAUUUCAUGGA